UGGCCCUGCUUCGGUCUCGUCUCCCAAUGGGAGGGUGAACGCUCUCUCUCUUCCCAGGCCAGUCGGUGGUACAGGCGGGGUGAGCCGAGCGCCGAUGGUCCUCCAGGCGGGGUGAGCCGAGCGGCGCUGGUCCUCCAGGCGGGGGUUUAGGAGCCGUUGCUGUGGACGGAGAGACGGGGACGUGAGUGGCCAUUGAGGACGGCCAAGGUGCCGUGUUUAGGAGCCGUUGCUGUGAACGGAGAGACGGGAACGUGAGCGGCUAUUGAGGGCGGCCAGGGUGCCGGUGAGCCCCUCCCCCCAUCUGCUCGGUGUGCGGGUUGAGCUUCGAGGGGCUGAGUAUCGAUGGAGGACCACAUGACGGGACACAACAAGGAGAAGCGUUAUGAGUGCGACGUGUGUGGCAAGGUCUACCAGAAGCCGAGCCGGCUGGAGACCCACCGGCGGGUGCACACGGGAGAACGCCCCUUCGACUGCUCGGAGUGCGGCAAGAGCUUCAUCCGCUACGACAACCUGCUGCAGCACAACCGCGUGCACACCAUCGAGAGGCCCUUCACCUGCCCCGACUGCGGCAUGAGCUUCAAGACGACGAAUGACCUGAAGGCCCACCGGUGGCUGCACACGGGCGAGAAGCCCUAUUGCUGCUUCACCUGCGGCAAGAGCUUUGCCCGGAUGUCGGGGCUGCGGGAGCACUGGCGGGUGCACAGCAGUGAACGGCCCUUCACCUGCUCUGUCUGCGGCAAAGGCUUCAAGUCUUCCACGGACCUGAAGGGGCACAGGCGCGUGCACACCGGGGAGCGGCCCUACACCUGCAGCGACUGCGGCAAGGGCUUCACCCGCUCCAGCAAGCUGCUGAAGCACCAGCAUACCCACAGUGUUGAACAGCGACAAGCGCCCCUACACCUGCAGAGACUGCGGAGAGGGCUUCACAACCCAGCAAUCAUCUGCUGA